AUGCAACAGCAACAGCAGGACCAGGACCAGGAGCGGGGAAUCGUAAUGGUCCCGUCGUCCUCGUCGACGUCCGCUUCCACCAGUGGCGAGCUGAGGGACGUCGCUAGCGUCACGGACGCCGGUCUGCCGAAUUUCACGUUGCAGAGCGUGGCCCUGGGCCUCCAGGGCGCCCUCCUCGCGGCCCUCCAGAGGGCUGCCCUGCUUCCCCCGGGUCACGCCGCGGCGGCCGCCCUGAAUCUUCAAGCGUUGGAGACCUAUUUGACUCUUCAUCGGCUGCACGCGAGCAGUGCCGCGCCCGGUGUCACUCAGAACGCCGCGACGGGGUUGAAUCAGAGGUGUUCGCCUAUAAACGCCGGCCUGGAGGCCGCGCUCACGACGACGACACCGUCCAAGACCGACCAACUCGCGGCGGAAAGGCUGCUGCAAUCCGCGGACGACGACGACGACGACGCGCGGCUGGACUUCAUCGAGGACCCGGAGGAGAACUUGGCGUUGCUCGAGGAACAGGAAGCCAUCCUGCGCGACGCGCCAGUGGUGACGUCCUCCGCCAACCACGAGACCCUCCUGCGACGGAUAUCCGAAGGAAGUCGCUUGAAUUCCAGCACAGCGACUACCGUGACCCAGUCGACGACGUCCCUUUCGCAGAUCGCCGCUCCGUCGUUCACGUCACCGGCCUCCUCGUCGGCCUGCUCCUCGUCCUCCUCGUCGUCGUUGUCCUCGUCCUCGCCACUACAGGCCACCACCACCUCCGCCGAGUCCACCGUGACGAGGACCUGCAGGGCAUCCAGGCCGAAGAAGCAAUUUAUAUGUAAGUUCUGCAGUCGACAGUUCACCAAGAGCUACAAUCUGCUGAUACACGAGAGAACGCACACCGACGAGAGGCCGUACUCGUGCGACAUUUGCGGAAAGGCCUUCCGACGGCAGGAUCACCUGAGGGACCACAGGUACAUCCACAGCAAGGAGAAGCCGUUCAAAUGCGCGGAGUGCGGAAAGGGAUUCUGUCAGAGCAGGACCCUGGCGGUUCACAAGAUCCUGCACAUGGAGGAGUCGCCUCACAAGUGUCCCGUAUGCGCGAGGAGCUUCAACCAGAGGAGCAAUUUGAAGACCCAUCUCCUGACUCACACGGACAUCAAGCCGUACCAUUGUGCCUCCUGCGGCAAGGUCUUCCGCAGGAAUUGCGACCUGAGGAGGCAUUCGUUGACUCACAAUUUGGGCGUAUCGACGUCGCCGCCGCCGCCGCCAGGGAUCCCUGUACCUGGCUCGAGUACCGUUGUGCUCCAAGAGACGUCCUAG